AUGACUAGAGUCCCUUUCGGAGCUACUUCGAGUCCAUUUCUGCUAGCAGCAACGCUGCAACACCACUUUGAGGCAGUUUGCUCAGAUUAUCCCAACACCGUAUCCCGCCUCCGGACGGGGUUUUAUGUCGACGAUCUGGUCGUCGUCUGCACGUCAUACAUUGAUGCGUUGCAGGUAUACCAAGAAACGGUAGAAAUACUGAAAUCCGCUGGAAUGGAUAUUCGAAAGUGGACCUCAAACUCUCCGGUUCUGCGGGAGAGAUUUCUCAUGGACGGCACGUCCUAUGACAACGCCUCCGACGGCGACCCCAUCGUCAAGAUUCUCGGCCUACAUUGGGAUCGCAGCACGGACGGUCUUCUUCUCAAAACGACUCGAGCAGCAGACUUCGCCGUCGCACACCCUGCCACGAAGCGCACUGUCCUGAAAGCAUUUUCACUUGUGUAUGACCCCUUGGGGUACAUCGCACCUGUCAUUAUAUCUGCGAGAAUUCUGUUUCAAGACCUGUGGCGCAAUGGCCUAUCGUGGGACCAACCAGUUAGCGAAUCAGACAACGCAAUCUGGGAGAAGUGGAAGGUCAACCUGGGAGAAUUGAACCUGCUCAGACUCCCGCGCUGCGCUCUCCCUGAAGAUAACUCACCCGUCGAUGUGCACUGUUUCGCAGAUGCCAGUCCGAAAGCCUAUGGCACUGCCAUACACUUGCGGAGUCUUUCUCCCAACGGCUCUCUUCUGGUCCAUUUGCUCAUAGCACGGGCUCGUCUGGCACCGUUAAAACAGGUGUCGUUGCCUCGUCUCGAGCUCCUCGCCUGCCUCUUAGCUACACGUCUCUACCGUCACGUUUCCGCGCUGAAGACUCUCAGUCAAGUGCCAGUACAUUUUUGGACAGAUUCCACCAUCGCUCUUCAGUGGAUUCAUGGAUCUGGCAGCAAAACCCAGCAAUUUGUUCAGUCUCGAAUAACCGAAAUCUUGUCUUCAUCGCGCGCUGAUCAAUAG